UGAGCUACAAAAUUUGACUCUCUAAUACAAUGCUCAACGGUCACUUUCCCAAAAUCUAGAAAGUGUGGGUUUAUAAUUUUGCUUAAGAAUGAAUGCACACGGUUUACAAAAAAAUUAUAUCGGUCUGGAAUACCUUUGUUCAAAAGAAUGCUACGCGUAGCAUGAUCUGCCUACCCGUCCCCGAGGAUAUUUCUACCAUUGUCUUAUAAAAAGUUGUUUGAAAAUAAGCAGGAAGCACCAGUGGUCUAGUGGUAGAAUAGUACCCUGCCACGGUACAGACCCGGGUUCGAUUCCCGGCUGGUGCAGUAUUUUUUUUUUAUUGAACACGACACGGUUGGAGCUCAGAGAAAACAGUCGCCCGUCGGAACAGCAGAGCAACAAGUCGAUCCGUGCAGCGCCGGUGUGCCGACCCAAGCCGCAGUCGACGAUUUCUAUCACGAACUCGGCAUGAACCAUUUACCGUCCAUCUCACAUCAGCCGAAGUCCCAGGCCCACACAAUCGUCGUGAAUCUCACCACUCCCGCAGGGAAGUAACAAGUGCCAGUUACUACUACUGAUCAUCAGUACAUUAACUGUCGGCGUGCAAGGCACACUCCAUUCGGCAGCGCGCGCAAAUGGCCACCAUGGGCGCCUUCCGGACCUUCCUCCUCUCCUACCCGGAGAUCCUCCUGGCCGCUCUCUGCUUCCUCUCCCUGGCCGCCCUCCGCCUCGCUCUGCGGUGCCGCGGCAGCAGCGUGCCGCUGCGAUGGCCGGUCGUCGGCAUGCUCCCGUUCGUGCUCAGCAACCUCGGCCACCUCCUGGACGCCGCCACCGCCGCGCUCAGGGACUCGGGGUGCAUGUUCGUGUUCCGCGGGCCGUGGCUCGUCGGCGGCGACUUCCUCGUCACGUGCGACCCGGCCGCCGUGCACCACUGCCUCGCGGCCAACUUCGACUGCUACGACAAGGGCCACGACUUCGCCGAGAUGUUCGACGUCGCCGGCAACGGGCUGCUGAACGCGGACGCCGUGUCCUGGGCGCGGCAGCGGCAGGUCGUCGCCACCGUCUUCGCCGCCCCCGUGUUCCGCUCCUUCGUCAUAUCCACCGUCGCGCGGCAGACGGCGCGGCUCCUGCUGCCGUUCAUGGACCACGCCGCCGCGGCCGGGCGCGCCGUCGAGCUCGAGGACGUGUUCAUGCGCUUCUCGCUCGACGUCUCCUACGCCGUGGUGUUCGCCGCUGACCUCGACUCGCUGACCGUCUCCGCCGCCGACGCCCCGUACCCGCCCUUGGGCCAGGCGACCAGGAUCGCCGGGGAGGCCGUCAUGUUCCGGCACGUCGUGCCGGCUCGGUGGUGGAAGCUGCUGAGGUGGCUCAACGUCGGCAUCGAGAGGAGGUUCGCCGAGGCCAAGGCGGUGCUCGACGAGUUCGUCUACCUCGAGAUCGCGAACCGCAAGGCAAAACCUCUCCCCCAAGGAGAAGGACAAGGCGGCGACCUGCUGUCCAUGUACAUGGCGUGGCCAAGGGACCCCGCCAUGACCGACCGGCAGAGGGACGAGUUCCUCCGCGACGCCGCCGUCGGCUACAUGAUCGCGGCCAAGGACCUCGUCGCGUCCGCGCUCACCUGGCUCUUCUACAUGCUCUGCACGCACCCGCACGUGGAAGACAAGGUCCUCGCCGAGCUCGAGUCGCUGCGCGCCAACGCCGCGUGCUGCGGCGGUAAACCGGUCGUGUUCGACUGCGACACGCUCCGGUCGGCGACCUACCUCCACGCGGCGGUGCUGGAGACGCUGCGCUUGCACCCGCCCGCGCCGUUCGAGGAGAAGGAGGCGCGCGCCGACGACGUGCUGCCGGACGGCACGAGGGUGACCAAGGGCACCAGGAUCCUCUUCUGCAUCUACGCCAUGGGCAGAGUGGAGGGGAUAUGGGGCGACGACUGCCGGGAGUACCGGCCGGAGCGGUGGCUGUCCGGCAGCGGCCGGGUCCGGCACCAGCCGAGCUACAAGUUCGCAGCCUUCAACUGCGGGCCCAGGAGUUGCCUGGGCAAGGACCUGGGGCUCAUCAACCUCAAGAUCGCCGCCGCGGCCAUCAUAUAUAACUUCCGGGUGGAGCUCGUCGACGGCCAUGUGGUGGAGCCCAGCGACUCGGUGGUGCUCCACACCAAGAACGGCCUCAUGGUUAAGCUCAAGAGAAGGGAAGUGGCUUGAUGAAGAUGAAUGAAGUCAGGCUUUUCGAUGCAUAUUCUGAUAUUCAUAUACACAAAGUGGAGUGAAUUAGUACCAAAUUACAUGUCAUACAAAUACUUAUGACAGUGUCAUCUAUGUUUGUCGAUCUGGAUUUAUCAUAGUUUCAAAUGGUAUUGUAAAAAACCGAAGUAUUGAAAACUAUAGUAUAUUAACCUGUUGGUGCAAGAUACUGCAGUUUUUAUAUAUCAAAGUAUUUUAAAGUAUCAACAAUACAGAAGACCUGUUUGGCUAGCACUGUGCGUAACUUAACAACGUAGAAAUUGCUGGCUAGCCGUUAACUGUUGAAGACAUGCGCGUUCUUGAAGCUAGCUAGCCGGGCGCAGGCAUGCACAAGGCUUGUAGAUUCCUAUUAGAACGCUCAGCAACACGGUGUAUAGUAGGCGUCUUGAUCACCAUGGCCGGAGCUGCGCAUGAACGGCUUGGCCUUCUUCCACGACAUGGUCACUUCCUUCCAAUAAUCCAUGGUCUACUUCUUCUUAGAGUAGCUUCCGCCGACGUGGUGGCCAGGCAAGAGUACUGAUCGGCGCAGCCAGCAGCCGCAGAAGUCAAGGCCGACGACCGGUGCAAGAGGUGGGAGAAGAAGAAGAGGGAGGCUCCUUUGAUCUCGCUGUGGUCGUCCACCGACAGAAACAUCUCCGGAGGCAAUACGGCGGUGCGACGCGAGUUGUUGCAAACAGCCAUCGAAGAAGAUAAACGUGGACGUGUGACCAGCUCAUUUUUUUCGCCUGCUCUAUUUUUUAAAAAGAGGUUCGGGGUUCUUUUUUUUAGACAGAGAAUACUUUGGUUUUGGGAAUAUUCUAGUUUGAAUAUCACAGUUUUUAUUGGUGACCAAACAGGUCAAGUAAUUAAAACUACAGUAACUAGAAAAACUGUAGUAUUGUCAAAAUACUUUGAAAAUACUUUGCUAUCAAACAGGGCCUAAUUGAUGAUGAAGGC